CAACGGUGCUGUGGCAGCUGAGUCUGCUGGAUACAAGCUAGCCGAGAGGAUGCCCUGUCUUAGACUAAGCCAGAAGCAUCCUUGCCAGCGCGUACUGUCCGCUUAGAUCUAACAUUCUCAUCAAGUGAGCGUUGGAGGCCUGAUCGCCCUCUGCCCACAACAGUGAUGGCUGGUGAACAAGAACGGCCCAACGGCCAACCCACGGAGACCUCGCCUCUGCUUCCUAAGGCUACAGAGUCCAAUGGUGUUCCAGCAGCAAGCCUGCCAAACGAGCCCGCCGGAGUUGUUAGAGCUGGUGAUAACGCUACAGAGGAGCAGCAGCAGAGCGGAGACUCAUCGCCGGCUGGAGAUGGCCAGAAGCAAUUCGAAGGUCUACCAGAGGUCAAGAAGCAGAUGAAGUAUCUAAUGCCCGCCCUAGGAAUUGGCAUCUUUCUGGCAGCAGCCGACCAAACGAUCAUUGUCAGCAGUUAUGGCAAGAUUGGCAGCGAACUGGAUGCCCUCAACCUGACCAGCUGGAUUGCGACAUCGUACUGGCUAACGCUAACAUCAUUUCAGCCCCUGUACGGCAAACUUAGCGACAUAUUCGGGCGCAAGGCAGCAUUGCUGUUUGCUUACAGCGUCUUCGGCCUUGGCUGUCUUUUCUGCGGUUUCGCUCGGGAUAUCAACCAACUCAUUGCCGCACGAGCUUUCGCCGGCAUCGGAGCCGGUGGGAUGACGACUGUUGUCUCGAUCCUGCUCAGUGAUGUCGUUUCCCUUCGUGAGCGCGGGAAAUGGCAAGGCUACCUGAACCUCAUCUUCGCUGCGGGAAGCUCCUCUGGUCUUCCGCUAGGCGGUCUGUUUGCUGACUCUGUUGGGUGGCGGUGGUCGUUCAUCGUACAGGCUCCGUUAUGCCUUGUCGCCUUCAUUGCCGUUUCCUUUGCAUUGCAUCUGCCAACGACGGACGACGCAGAUUGGAAGAAGAAGCUUGCGCGAAUCGACUUUCUCGGCGCAGCCGUACUUAUUUCGGCAGUCUUCACACUACUACUUGCCCUUGAUCGCGGCAGCAAUGUCAGCUGGAGCGCCACCAUCACCAUAGUCUCUAUCAGCGUCUCGGUGCCGCUGUUCAUGAUCUUCGUCUUGGUCGAGAGGAAGGUUGCCAAGGAGCCCUUCGCCCCCGGACACAUCAUCUUCAACCGCUCAAUGUUCGCCUGCUAUGCUUGCAACUUCUUCUCUAUCGGGACAUUCAUGGCGAUGUUAUUCUACGUCCCACUGUUCCUCCAAGCUACUGAGGGCCUGUCUGCUACAGGUGCGAGCAUACGACUAAUUCCGGUAGUGCUCUGCAGUGUGACCGGCAGCUUGGGAGGUGGCAUAUACAUGCAACGGAGCGGCAAGUACUAUUGGCUUACGGUUCUGGCUUAUUCUGGUGUUCUGAUCGGUGCAGUUGGUGCCUUCGUCUUCUCAGGUCCGCUCAUAACCAGCACGCUUGGUGUCAUCUUGUCUGUGUGCCUUAGCGGACUUGGAAAUGGCAUUUCAGUAACUACGACCCUUAUCAGCUUGAUCGCGAAUGCCUCCCCCCAAGACCAAGCGGUGACCACAGCUUGCAGCUACCUAUUCCGCUCGCUGGGUAGCGUCUUCGGCAUUUCGAUGUCAGCUACCGUGGCGAACCAGACCCUGCGUAAAAUGUUGGCUUCUGAGCUGCCCUCACAGGGGUUGUCUCCGAAGAAGGCAGCGGAAAUUGCAGAUCGUGUCCGACAGAGCUUGACAUAUGUGAAGAACCUGGAUCCGCAGGUGCAGGCUGUUGUUAUUGACUGCUACCAAAGAAGUACGAGCGCGGCUUUUGCUCUGCAAGCUGGGCUCGUGAUCGGUGCAGUCAUAUCCUCAUGGUUUAUCACGGAGAAGACUCUAAGCAGGUAGGCUUCGUGGAAGAUGCAGUGAAAGGAACUCGCAACACUGUCGCUGGGAACGCUGUUCGUUGCUAUUAAUCUUGGUGAUGCGCUGAGUAGCAGAUAGGUCGAUGGUGAGUCCGUUCAGCGAUAGAAUUGAAGGUCCCUCACUUCAAGCUCAUAUCAAAGCCACCGUCAAACUUGGGCGGAAAGAUCAGCAAUCAAGAAAACCGUGUGCUGAAGUUGUCUCCGAAAGA